GCCCGUGUGCGCGUGCCCGCUGGUGCGCCUCGGUGUGUGCACUGACAGACCGGAGUGGAACACCGACACUGAACCGAGAACAACCGGGAACAAAUGGGACGGACCCGUUCUUCAAUCUACGGUCAGCGCGAGACACAACCGGAAACGUUACGGACCGACAGAGAGCUGCGGGCACGACCUUCUCCGGUGUGAACCCGGACAGAUCCCGAUUCUUUACCUGCUUCUUCUUCUGCUUCUUCUUGUUCUGCUUCUUCUUCUGCUUCUUCUUCUUCUUCUGCUUCUUCUUCUUCUUCUUCUUCUUCUUCUGCUUCUUCUUCUUCUUCUGCUUCUUCUUCUUCUUCUUCUCCCUCCUCUUCUUCUUCUGGACACAUGAAGCUGCAGGAAGCAUCAAACUGACCUGAGCAGCUCGUCUGACAGGUUGUUGGGCUCCUCGUCAUUAUGCCGUCCGGGUUGUGGCCUCCCUCUUUCCUCCUCCUCCUCCUCCUCCUCCUCGCGCCGUCAGGUGAGUCCUCGCUCUCAGCUGACAACACCUCAGGGGAUCUUCAGGAGGUGAUCCUGGCAGCCAUCUUGCCUCUCACUAAUACAGACUAUGCGUGGGCAUGGCCUCGCGUGGCGCCGGCACUCCACCAGGCGGUGCAGCGGGUGAACUCUGACCCCUGGCUGCUGCCGGGCCUAAAGCUUCGGCUCGUUAACGGCAGCUCAGAAAACCGCGACGGCUUCUGCUCGGACUCUAUGGCACCACUGGUUGCUGUUGACCUCAAGAUGUCCCAUGAUCCCUGGGCCUUUAUCGGCCCCGGGUGCGACUAUUCCUCCUCGCCUGUUGCCCGCUUCACAACCCACUGGGGGGUUCCCAUGGUGACAGCCGGCGCCCGCGCUAUCGGCUUUGAUCUCUACGCAGCGGUCACCAACACGGGCCCCACCCACAAGAAGCUGGGUGAAUUUGGCAACAGGAUCCAGGAGAAGUUCGGCUGGCGGCAGCACGCCAUGCUCAUCUUCAGUGACAACAAGGACGCCAACGACGACCGGCAAUGCUACUUCGCAAUAGAGGGAUUGUACACGCAGCUAGGCAACCGCAACAUCACCACCCGAGACCACGUCAUCCAGGCUGACGUCAACUUCAAGUCUCUUGUGCAGGAGAUCAGAGAGCAUGGCAGAGUGGUGUACCUGUGCUGCUCCUGGGACAUCUUGAGGAGUCUGAUGGUGCAGUUCUGGAAGGAGGGGGUGGAUUUGAAGGAAUAUGUCUUCUUCUUUAUUGAUCUGUUUGCUGAGGGUUUGGGGGGGCGAGGCCCAGUCAGACCCUGGUACAGAGGGGACCAGGACGACUUCAGCGCCCAACUCGCCUUCAGGAGUGUGAAGGUGUUGACGUACCUGGAGCCUCAGAAUCCAGAAUAUCGUCAGUUUGUUGAAACUCUGAAGACCGACGCAAAGAAAUUAUUCAACUUCACCAUCGAAGACUCUCUGUACAACCUGAUCGCUGGAGGCUUCCACGACGGAGUGAUGCUCUACGCUCACGCUCUGAAUGAGACUCUGAGCGAGCACAGAGGACCGGGGGUUGUCCUGAGACCGGAACAGGACUUGGUGACCAGGAGGAUGUGGAACAGAACAUUCCCAGGAGUGAUCGGUGUGGUGGAGAUGGACGAGUUUGGGGACAGAGAGAUGGACUUUGCCGUCUGGGACAUGACGGACGUCGACUCUGGAGAGUUUCAGGUGGUGUGUGUGUACAACAGCAGUAUAAAACAGCUGCUCAUGCAGAGUGGGCGGAGCUUCCAGUGGCCAGGUGGAUCUCCGCCUCCAGAUGUUCCGGACUGUGGCUUCAAGAACGACAAACCGUCCUGCCUCGCACGUACAGUUUCGAUGCAUCAGAUGGUUGCCAUAGUGAUGUCUUUCAUCUUUGUCAUCAUCGUUACGGUGACCAUCUUUAUCUGCAGGAAGUUGAAGCUGGAGAGCGAGCUGGCAGCUCAGCUGUGGAGAGUGUCCUGGGACGAUGUCCAGAUGAGCAACCUGGAUAAAGUCCUGAAGAGAGCCUGCAGCCGACUCACCAUGUCUCUGAAAGGAUCCAACUGCGGCUCCCUCAUGACCUUGGAGGGAAACUUCCAGAUCUACACCAAAACUGGAUACUACAAGGGAAAUCUAGCUGCCAUCAAAUAUAUCAACAAGAAGCGUAUUGAGCUGACCAGGAAGGUUCUGUUUGAGCUGAAACACAUGCGUGAUGUCCAGAAUGAGCACCUGACUCACUUCAUCGGCGCCUGCAUUGACGCACCGAACAUGUGCAUCAUCACAGAAUACUGCCCCAGAGGCAGUCUACAAGACCUGAUGGAGAGCGACAGCAUCACUUUGGACUGGAUGUUCAGAUACUCUCUCAUCACUGACAUCGUCAAGGGGAUGGCCUUCCUCCACAACAGCGUCAUCGUCUCCCACGGCAACCUGAAGUCUUCCAACUGUGUGGUCGACAGUCGCUUCGUCCUGAAGAUCACGGACUACGGUCUGCAGAGUCUCCGCACCUGCUGCUGCCCCGAGGACACACACGCUUAUUACGCACGUAAACUGUGGACGGCUCCAGAACUGCUGAGGUCCGACGGCCCCCCCCCCGGGGGAACUCAGAAGGGAGACGUCUACAGCUUUGGGGUCAUCCUGCAGGAAGUGGCUCUGUUGAGAGGAGUCUUCUACCUCGACACUCAAACCCUCAAUCCUAAAGAGAUCAUCCAGGCGGUGAUUCGGGGUGGUGCCCCCCCCCUGCGUCCCUCCCUCUGCUUCCACAGUCACAGCGAGGAGCUCGGAGUCCUGAUGCACCGCUGCUGGAGCGAAGAGCUGAGCGAGCGGCCGGACUUCAGCACCAUCAAGAUCCUGCUGGGGAAACAACACAGAGGUUAUGGUUCCAACAUCCUGGACAACCUUCUGUCUCGGAUGGAGCAGUACGCCAACAACCUGGAGGAGCUGGUGGAGGAGAGAACGCAGGCGUACCACGAGGAGAAACGCAAGGCUGAAGCACUGCUCUACCAGAUACUACCACAUUCAGUCGCUGAGCAGCUGAAACGAGGUGAGACGGUUCAGGCUGAAGCUUUCGACUCUGUGACCAUUUACUUCAGCGACAUUGUCGGCUUCACCGCGCUGUCUGCUGAGAGCACGCCGCUGCAGGUGGUCACUUUUUUGAAUGACCUCUACACCUGCUUUGACGCCAUCAUCGACAACUUCGAUGUUUACAAGGUGGAGACUAUUGGCGAUGCCUACAUGGUGGUGUCUGGUCUGCCGGUGAGGAACGGUAAAUUCCACGCUCGGGAGGUGGCCCGGAUGUCUCUCGCCCUUCUGGACGCUGUGAAGAGCUUCAGGACCCGACAUCGAGCGAAUCAGCAGCUGCUGCUCCGCAUCGGCAUACACAGCGGUCCAGUUUGUGCCGGUGUCGUCGGGCUGAAGAUGCCCAGGUACUGUCUGUUUGGAGACACGGUCAACACAACGUCACGCAUGGAGACCAACGGAGAGGCUCUGAAGAUUCAUGUGUCAGAAGCGACUCGUCAGGUUCUGCAGGAAUUCAGCUGCUUCACAUUAGAGCUCAGAGGAGAAAUCCAGGUGAAGGGGAAAGGUCCAAUGAGGACGUACUGGCUGCUGGGAGAGGAAGACAACUGACACAGGAAGACAACUGACAGAGGACGGCAACCGGCAGAGGACAACAUCUGACAGAGGACGAUACUGACAGAGGACGACAACUGACAGAGGACGAUACUGACAGACGGAGGAGAUGUGGAUAGAAACAACUAGCUGGUGUUGGCCCCUCCCUCCUCCUCUCCGAUUGGACAGUUACCUCUGAUGUCAUUGAAACAAACAGACAGAAGAAUGUUCCGUGUUAAUAAAUCAAAUGUUGUGUAAAUACAAAAUGAACUGUAUUAUGUUUGUGUCAUUUUUGUUGAAACUGUAAACUCCGGGAUAAAAGUUCCAAAUCAGCUCUUUUUUAUGUUCUGCUGAUUAUUGUUAAAAAAAAUUCCAGAAAACAUGGAGGAUAUAAAAAGUCAUAAUUUACGAUAAAGUGGUUCAUGAUAAUCUUCAGAGAUCCAAUCAUCUGUGUUUGUUCUGUCGUUUCAAACUAUGAAGUCAGAGACACUUUGAUUGAAACAUGCAGGUUGUGUUCUACUCUCAUUUCAAAUCACUGGACAGGAAACUUUAGUGUUUUUAACCAUAAAGUCACGACGGCGUCACAUUUGACAGAAGAUAUUUCACUGGUUGUCUUUGAUUUUAAUGUUGUAGUAUUUUAAGCUGCAGAUGAUCAAUAAAGUUUAUUUAAAUCAUAA